AUGACAUGCUCGAGCGGAAUUGCGAUGUGGUCACGCUGCACGAUAUUGACCCAUCGUCCCUGAAGCAGCUCAUCGAGUACGCGUACAGUGGGGAGAUCACCAUAACGGAGGAUAACGUGCAGGUGCUUCUUCCGGCCUCGAGCCUGCUGCAGAUUCAAUCGGUCCGUGAAGCGUGUUGCAAAUUUCUGCUUCGUCAGCUACAUCCCUCAAACUGUCUGGGAAUUCGAAGUUUCGCUGAUGCCCACUCGUGCAAGGAACUACACUCCCGAUCCCACCGGUACGCGCUGCAGAACUUCCAGCAGGUCGUCGGCACCGAAGAGUUUUUAUUGCUAGGAUUUAAUGAGGUGCAAGAUCUAAUUUCCAACAGCCAGCUGAACAUAUGCUCGGAGGAAAAGGUAUUUAUGGCUGUGCUGAACUGGAUCAAGCACGAUCUCAGCGAGCGCAAAAAGCACAUAUCCGAGCUGAUGUCACACGUGCGGCUUCCGCUAGUCAGCCGCGAGUUUCUCAUGAACUGCGUCGAAACGGAAGCGCUCGUGCGAGAGGAAUCGCACUGUAAAGAGUUGCUGCUCGAAGCGAUGAAGUACCAUCUGCUGCCGGAGCAGCGCAGCUCGCUGGUGAGUCAGCGAACGCUCGAACGUCGGCCGGAGGGUAUGCGAUCGUACAUAUUCGCCGUCGGCGGUGGCAGUCUGUUUGCGAUCCACAACGAGUGCGAGUGUUACAAUCCGAAGACGAACGCGUGGAUGACCAUAUCGCCGAUGAUUUCACGGCGCUCGCGGGCCGGCGUCACGUCGCUCCGGAAGCUGCUGUACGUGGUCGGUGGGUACGAUGGUGAGAACGAUCUGGCAACGGCCGAAUGCUACAACCCGCUCACGAACGAAUGGACCAACAUUACGCCGAUGGGUACGAAGCGGUCCUGCUUGGGAACGUGCGCGUUCGACGGGUUGCUGUACGUGUGCGGGGGUUACGAUGGUGCCUCGUGCCUGAGCAGCGUGGAGCGGUAUGAUCCCCUGACCGGCGUUUGGACAUCCUGUCCGGCGAUGAGCACCCGCCGGCGGUACUGUCGGGUGGCGGUGCUGGACAACUGCAUCUACUCGCUGGGUGGGUUCGAUUCGAGCAAUUAUCAGUCGUCGGUCGAACGGUUCGAUCCGCGUGUUGGUAGUUGGUCAUCGGUACCGAGCAUGACGUCCCGUCGAAGCAGCUGCGGAGUGGCCGCGUUGGAUGGAUAUCUGUACUGCAUCGGUGGUAGCGACGGUACCAUGUGCAUGCAAACAGGCGAACGGUUUAAUCUGCGUACCAACGCCUGGGAACCGAUCAGCGCAAUGCACUCGAGAAGAUCAACUCACGAGGUAGUGGAAGCGAACGGAUUCCUGUACGCACUCGGUGGCAACGAUGGUUCCUCGUCGCUCAACUCCGUCGAACGGUACGAUCCGAAGGUCAACAAGUGGACGAUCGUCACUUCCAUGCUUACCAGGCGCAGCUCCAUCGGUGCGUCCGUGUUGGAGUGUUUCAAUCUAGAGCGCGGACUGCUGCAAACUAGCAUUUGACCACUGAGCU